AUGCUGCAACAGGUCGACGUCCCAUCCGUCGGUAAACAUGGUAUCCUUGGUUCAUGGGUUACUGCGUUCCAAUGGCAACACAAAGCACGCAGCCUGAUCCAGGAAGGGUAUGAAAAGCAUGGAGACUACGCCUUUAAGGUUGCGACCCCCAGCCGCUGGGAAGUAUUCAUCUGCAAUGAGAAGAUGAUCAAAGAGUACAAAAGCCUGAUGGACAACCAGUUCUCGGCCAAUGCAGUCACUGCAGAUAUGUUCCAAACCAGGUGGACAGCCCCCGGCGCAGCAGAAGGGGUUCAUAAAAUCCCCGUUCCACUCCUUUCGAAGGGCCUGACCUGGCAGCGCAAUCGGUCCACCGCUGCGGACGAUCCCUACUUUAGUGAAUUUGUUACGGAGUUUCUGCACGCGUGGGAGGCGGAGGUCAAAAUUGCCAGUAACGGACCAUACGAUUUUUGUUGUUUCGAGACUGGGACGAGGAUUGUCGCACAUCUUACGGCCAAGUCUUUGGUGGGGUAUCCGCUAUGCCGCGACCCAGAAGUCAUCGAGCUCUUUGCCCAGUAUGGCAACGCGGUGCCAACAAGCGGGUUCUUCAUUGCGAUGUUCCCUGGCUUUUUACGGCCUUUCGUAGCCAAGUUCUGCGAAGCCCCACGGAUAUCGGCCCGGCUGGAUACAAUCUUUCUGAACGAAAUGAAGGAGCGACAUCUGCACCCCGGAGGCGAAGCAAGUGAUAUCAUGAGCUGGCUCUGGCACUGGACACGGCAAAAUGAGCCGGGCAAAUAUAGCGAACUCGAUAUUGCUCGAUCUAUCACUUCCGCAGUGUUUGGGGCGAUUCACACAACAACGCAGGUUCUCGUGCACUGUCUAUUCGAACUCGCCACUCGGCCCGAAUACAUUGAUCCGCUGAGGAGCGAGGCGCAGCAGGCGUUUGAUCGUCACGGAGGGUGGAAGAAGGAUACAAUUGAAUCCAUGCUCAAGAUUGACAGUUUUAUCAAAGAAUGCCAACGCUGGAAUCCCCUUGACUCAGGGUCACUGGCAAGAUGCGCCACAAAGGAUUUCACUUUUAGCACCGGGCUAAAGGUUCCGAAAGGCACUUAUGUUUUCGCACCGAACGCGCCGAUCUUGUUUGACGAGAGAAACUAUCCUAAUGCGCAUGAGUUCGAUGGAUACCGAUUCUAUCGGCUUGGGCAACAAACGGGCAAACCGCAGGACUUCCGGUUUGUGGCGACGAACUCCAAGUAUCUGCAAUUUGGUGAUGCAAGACACACCUGUCCGGGUCGGUACAUGGCCGCGGACGAGAUUCGCCUCAUGCUGGGCUACAUUUUGCUUCAUUACGACAUCACACCCAAGGAUAACAGGGGACGCCCGAAGAACUGGUUUUUCAAGAAGAUUCUAUUCCCGGAUAUGAAGGGAUUGGUUGUUCUGAGGGUGCGAUCAGCACGCGGCUUCCACACAUAG